CGCUUACAAAUAACACGGGCUCUGAUUGAUAGAUUGACAACAAGGUAAAGCGGACUUGCUCGGUGCUGCCACACGUCGCAUGGGCCCUCUUUUAGUGUGAAACGCGUCACAUACCGUUCACAAGCGCUUGAGUGCUAGAUCUGAAAGAGCAAAAUUUCACAGAUUAUCAGUCCAGCAAGUCUGGACUUCACGCACUUGGUGGCAAAAAUAUUUACAAGUUUGUCGAAGUGAUGUCCUCGAUGCAGUUACCGGAAGCGGUUCCCAUCACACGUGCUGAGCUCGCAUACUGUAAUACCAACAUGGUACAGGGCAUGAACCCUAUUCCACAAGACCUAGAUUUCGAUCGAAGAAUCGAUGUGAUAAAUCCAUACACGCGCUCAACUGAACUCUGCGAAGAAAUGCAUUGUCCAACAUCGUCAUCUCAACUCCAGAAUUUCGCGUUUACAACGGCUUAUAAUUCACCACUUCCUUGCGGCCAACUUAGAGCCGAGGGACUUCAAGUCGAACUGGAAAACCGCGAACUAUGGGAAAAAUUCCAUGAGAUUGGAACAGAAAUGAUUAUAACGAAAAAUGGCCGGCGAAUGUUUCCCGUGAUCCGUGUGAACAUAUCGGGGCUGAACCCCAAAGAGGAAUACGUGCUUGCCAUGGACCUCGUCCCCGCUGAUGAAAAUCGCUACAAAUACCAUAACACUGAGUGGGCGAUCACUGGCAAAGCAGAGAACCUCAUUCCCUCGCGGAUCUUCAUACACCCCGACUCUCCGGGAACCGGAUCACAAUGGAUGCGACAGGUUAUAUCUUUCCAGAAACUCAAACUCACCAAUAACCACAACGACCAAGCAGGCCAUGUUAUUUUAAACUCGAUGCACAAAUAUCAACCUAGGAUUCACAUCAUUCCGACCAAAGACUACAAUGUGUUUAGCAUGAAGAAAGGGACGUUCUACACUUAUCAAUUCCAAGAAACUACAUUCAUGGCAGUUACUGCUUAUCAAAACCCGAGGAUAACACAAUUAAAGAUUGAAAACAACCCCUUUGCGAAGGGUUUUCGUGGCGGAUGCAACAGCACCAGUCACCACCUCGGUCUAAAACGGCACAGCGAAGAUCGAGAAGACACAGAUUCUCUUUCUCCCUCGUCCUCGACACAAGUCGAUACAUGUAAACGCUUCAGGUCAUCGCCUCAGAUGUCAGAAAAUAGUCAUUCUUCUCCGCCACCUUCGCUCUUUUCGGGAAGUCCACUAAACCGGCUUGUAAUACCACAUAGAGAGGACACUAUCCACUCCUGUGGAAUACGACCGAGACAAUAUAGCGAGUCAACCAAACCAGACACAGUUCCAACAUGUACACUCUCUGCCGCAAGCUACUCUCAACCCUACCCCCAUAACAUUACCUUCAACACACCCCUGACAACAUCUAGCACCCUACCACAUCCUCAUAUACCACGGCCACUAGUGCAUCCUGGGUACUACAGUCAUCCUCACCAUCCAGAGCAUGCGCACACAAUCCACCACACCCCAAGUCACAUGGCCCCACUUCCACACCAACCGAUGCCUGGUUACACUGCUGACAGCUAUCGAGCAGAUUAUGCCCUUGGGAGAUCAGAUUACUCCAAGCCUUUGACUAUCUCAACAGCAUUUAACAGUUUUCCUGGCCCUUCACCAUCUUUUCCAUUCCACUAGAUAAUUUGAAAUUGUAUUUAGGAAGACAAAACAGUCUAAUGCAUGAAGAGGGGAGCAAUGCCCAUGUUUUUAUGACAGAAGCUCUUUUAACAUAGAAAUACCAGAUCUCUAAUUAUAACAAUUUGCACAUGAAUAUAAUCAAGAACAUCUAUGGAGUAAAUUUCUAGUAUUCAAAGCACUAUUUAAUUAUCAAGUAGCCUCUACAUAACUCUUGUAGAUACAGUCACUGCCCAAAUCAGAUGUUUAUAAUUGCAAUUGCUAGCUGUUUACAGUUGGGUGAGAUCUAAUGCCUUUGGCUUUCAAGUGUAUGGUUAGCAACAAAUGGCCUAAUGGGGAUGGAAUCUUUGAUUCAAUGGGGAAAGAUAUGUGUCACUGACAAUAAGUUGGUAGCUAUCAUGGCAGUAUGAAAUGAUAGAUAAAAUAAGAUUAAAGGAAAAUAAUUACAUUGUCUCCUCACUUAAUAUUUCCAGCCUACACAUCUUUGAUUCAGCCCUAAAUCCUAAAUCCUAAGUUUUUAGGAUUAUAUUGUUAUGUUAAUUUGUUUAAUAAUGUUGGAUACAUUAAUCUAGAAGUGAAUGUUUUUUUAAGCAGUUUUUUAUAUAAUCAAGUUUUUUAAGUAAAGAACUAAAUUAUUAUAUAGAAAUUGUAUCCAGAGAAUGGAAUUGAUAGCAACCAUGAAUAAUAUUAUUAUAAAUAUCAAUUAUUAUCAAUAUUUUCAACUGAUCAUUUUGGAAGAUUAAAGAGAUGGCAAGCGAUGUUGAAGUAUUUGAAGAAUUUUAUUUAAAUAUAAGGUGGAAUUAAACCAUUAUACAGAAGCAAAAUGGCAAGCUUCAAAUAUAUGCAUAAUAAAAGAAGUUAAGAAACAA